AAAGCCAUCGACUUUCACUAAAAGUACAUAAUUAGUUUUAGAUAACAAAUUAUAGUUUUUAAUUUAUAGUUAUAAUAACAACUAGUAUAAAUUAUGGCUGAGAGACCAUCAGGAUAUGGAUUUACUGCUGAAAUUAGCAACAAAAUUCAAGGGAAAUAUGACGUAGCUAUGGAACAAGAAGCACUUAAGUGGAUAGCAAAGCUUGUUCCUGAAGCUAAGCUGCAAGGCGUAACAGGCUCAUCACAAGUGCACGAAAAACUUAAAGACGGCAUUGUACUCUGCAAAUUAAUGGAAAAACUUCAACCAAAUAGCAUAAAAAACAUUAACACUAAUAAAAUGGCUUUCAAACAAAUGGAAAAUAUAAGUAAUUUUUUGGCAGCUGCAGAGAAAUUUGGCGUUAGCAGGACGGAUAGCUUUCAAACUGUCGAUUUAUAUGAAGCCACUAAUAUGGCUCAGGUCAUUGUUAUGUUACACGCCCUCGGAAGAAAGGCGUCUACAAAGGGUUUGAAUGGUAUCGGUCCUAAAGAAGCAUCGGAAAACAAAAGACAAUUUUCUGAAGAACAACUGCGUGCUGGAGAUGGUCAUAUCGGAUUGCAAAUGGGAACAAACAAACAUGCAAACCAAUCAGGUUUAAACUUUGGUAAAACGCGUUCUAUCAUUGAUUAGAUGUAAACAAAAUAUAUUUUAAUUUUUUUAAAUGUUCAUAAAAUAUAAACUAAAUUUUAAAUGUUAAAAAAAUAUAUAUGCUAAAACUUA